CUGCGAUGCUCUCAGCACCAAGCAUCUGAUGGUGAAAACCCGUCCACUGUCGCAGGCAACUCGAUCAACAAAGACUAAAGCUCGAGCCUAUGCUGAAUUCCUGCAGCCGGCCAAAGAACGCCCAGAGACAUCAGCUACCCUGGCCAGGAGGCUGGUGGCAGGAGCCCUUGGGAUGCGGAGCAAACAGAGCAAAGAAGAACGGGAAGCGGAGCGCAAGCAGUUGCAAGCAGCCCGAGAGCGGAAGCGCCUGGAGGCCAAGCAGAGGGAAGAUGCCUGGGAAGGCCGUGAGUGAGCCAGCAUCAUCACAGGAGCGGUGACCACAUUUAUUCAUUCAGAUGCUGACAGCAACGGGCAGACACUAUGCUUUGUGGCAUUUGGGAAUUUUGCCACUCCGUUUGGGCUGAGCAGCAAGAUAUCGGCCCGUUGUGACUGACCCUGAGUAGCCAAGGCUGCUAGAGUGGGAUGGCUAGUCCCAGAUAGCAUCCCUGCUGGGCUUAUCUGAGCCCCUGGAAGAGUGGGGUUGGAGAUUGGCUGUGUCUGAGCCAGAGGUGCCACCUGGGUAAUGAUGACUGAAGGCCUGGGUCAGCCACUGUUCCCUACCAGCAUGUGUGCCUUGGAAAUGUAACCCAAAUACCCAUGUACUGUCAUCUUUAGCAGUCAUGCAUCCAGUGCCUAUUUGUUGUUGCAGGCAACAAAACACCGUGCAAGGUGUUGUGCUUAGUAGGACUGAAUGAUGGCAGCUAUGAGGAACAAGCUCACUAAAGAUGGCCAGGUGGACACUGUUGAGUUUUGCUAUUAAAGUUUUUUCAGAGUU